ACAUAACAGGACAUAACUGAAAGAGCGAGACCAGAGCCUCCAUCACCUCCAGCCUGUUUCUGACUACCUGAAGGCUUCAGCUUAGAGGACACAGAGUUACUCCCUGUUAAUACUUGGUGAAACGUUGCUGUUGUUAGGCUAUUUGCGGUAGCUGGAUUUUUUGGGAGAGUUGCUAUAGUUUUUUUUUCAAGUAAUUUUUGCGGAAACAUCCUGUAAUCAUGUCGACAGCAGUGGAAGCGGUCGGGUUCAUCAUGUGCAUAAUCAGCUGGCUGGUUAACGGUGCAGCGCUGGUUAACGACUACUGGAAGGUUUCCACCGUGUCCGGCAGCGUCAUCAUCUCUCAGAGGCAGUUUGAAAACUUAUGGCACGCCUGUGCUGAGAACAGCGCUGGAAUCGCCGAAUGCCGGGACUUUGAAUCGAUGCUGGCCCUCCCCGUUCAUGUACAGGCCUGUCGUGCCCUGAUGAUCAUCUGUCUGCUGCUCGGCCUCGGCUCCAUGAUUGUCGCUCUGCUUGGACUCAAGUGCAUCAAGAUCGGCUCAACCACCGAACAAUCCAAGGCCAAGAUCGCCACCACUGGAGGAAUCCUGAGCAUCCUCGCCGGUCUCAGCUGCAUGGUAGCUGCUUCCUGGUACGCAGCCAGAGUGGUUAAUGACUUCAAUGACCCGUUCUACGGUGGAAUGAAGUUCGAGCUCGGCACCGGCCUCUACAUGGGAUGGGCUGGAGCCUCUCUGGCCAUGCUGGGCGGAGCUUUUCUCUGCUCUGCGUGUAAGAGAGCGUCACCAAAGAAAGGCGGUUAUUAUGGAAAUGCACCACAGAAGGUCUACACGCCCACCGCCAAAUCAGAACCAGACGCCAAAGCUUACGUCUAAACGCAAACUUUGUGCUUUGGAUGGUCCCCACAAUGUCAUAACAACGAGAUCAUACAGUGUAUACAGUACUGAGUGUCUGUAUACACUUUAUACUCAGACCAGUGUUCUUUGUUUUACUGUCAUUUUUUUCUUACCUGUUUUUGAAAAAAAAACUUAAAUCUUAGAAAAUCACAAAGUUUAUAGAUGAUAUUGAUAGAUAUAACUGUUUGUGAAUCUGGAAACCCUGUGUGCAGUUCGUUUUUAUCGGAAUAAAGUUUGUAUUACAUAAGAAAUUGAGAUGCCUGGGUUAUUUUUUAACCACGAUACUUACACUGAAUCCAAAUCUUCUUCAUGGAUAUUACAUUUCUAUACAAACAUUCAUGUACUGUAUAUUUAUUUGGUAUUUUAAAAUGUUCAGAUAUGAAUCCUGACAGGUACAUCUCACCUCUUUAAACUUCCGUAAAAUCCACUGAUUUAGCAUUAAAUUAAAGCAGUAAAUAUAAACACACAGAGAAAACUGUAAAAAUUGAAUUCAUUUAAAGUAGUUGUAAUUUUCAUGGGAUGUUUUUUGUACUAGUUUUGCUUCUGUUUGUGUUCUUUGUUUUCAUUGCUUUCUCGUCUCUUUUGUGCUUUUUUAAAAUGUGAUUUUGAAUAAUUUUGAAAGAUGUGUAAACGAUCCUACAGAAAACAAAAUGACAUGCAGUUAAAUUUGUUUAAAAUUGUAUAUUACUGUUUUCUGCUCAACAGUCCAGAGAUACUAAAACUACUGUCAUGUAAAGUGCUCUGCUCUGAUUUUCACUUCUUUGUGCUUUAAUAUUGAGUUAAAUGAUGCUUACAGCAGUGUUACAUGUAGCUUCUCCACCAGCUGGUUAAUGAAGAAUGUUGAAGCUGAACUUUGUGUUUAUUACAGCAGACAUUGUUAGUUAGGUUGCCUGUAAUGAAGAAACUAAUGGACACUAAUAAGAUGGCGGCUCAGUUUUAACCCAAUAAUAUCCUGGAGUGCAUAAAAUGUGGACUUCGGAUUGUAUUGUUAAAGUUUUGCAGCUUCUCCUUCUGUUGAAGACCUCCACCCGGGCCACUGAUACUGCCCAAAGUAAUUAAGUCACAAAUAAACAGUUAAAUGGCAGAACAGUUGCUAUUUUUUA